AUGGUAAAUACACACAACUACACCGAGUGCGGAAUUGCCGCACAAAUAACUAAACCCAAAGUGAGCAUUAAACCUGCUCAACAUGUAUUCAGAGGAGACACAGUCACUCUCAGAUGUGACAUCGAUGGUGGAGGAGUCACUAGCUGGCAGUACAGCUGGUAUAAAGAUGGUUCAGCCAGUGUUUUCAGUGAACUACAGGAACACACAUUCAGUCAUGUUACUGAGUCUGAUGCAGGUAAAUACUCCUGUUAUGGAGCAGAGAGAGGAGGAUCACGAACAUCAAACAUCAGUGAUGCAGUUACACUGGCAGUAUCAGAUCUCAGAGCAGUUUUAAGUGUUUCUCCACAGAAGUGGUUGACUGAAGGAGAUCCAGUGACUCUGAUCUGUGAAGUUUACGGCUCCUCUACUGGAUGGACAUUCAGCUGGUACACUGUAACUGUUUCAUCAGACAGCGGUCAUCGUUAUAAACUGCUCUCAGACAGCAGCAGAGGAGCUGGAGGAAACUACACUGUCAGUUCAGCUGCUCUAAAACACACAGGAGCUUACGUGUGCAGAGCAGAGAGAGAAAACCCUGCUUAUAAAACAAUCUACAGCAACACACAACCACUAUGGCUCGCCAGUGUUUCUCCUCGAGUCUCUCUGAUCAUCAGUCCAAGCAGAACUCAACACUUCACAUUGGUCUCUCUCUCUCUGAGCUGUGAGGACCAGAGCAACUCUACUGGAUGGACAGUGAGAAGAUACACAGAACAUGGGCAGCUGGAAGAUUGUUUACUAUCACGCUGGGCAUCACAGACAGGAUCUACAUGUAAAAUCAGCUCCACCGUCCCAAAAGACACUGGAGUGUACUGGUGUCAGUCUGAAUCUGGAGAUAGCUAUAAUCUUGUUAAUAUCACUGUACACAUUGGUGUUAUUCUGGAGAGUCCUGUUCAUCCUGUGACUGAAGGAGAUACUCUGACUCUACGCUGUUUAUAUCCGUAUACAAGCCCACCAAACCUCAGAGCUGAUUUCUAUAAAGAUGGAUCACUGAUCCAGAAGCAAACUACAGAGAUGAUCAUCUCUAAUGUCUCAAAGUCACAUGAGGGUUUCUACUACUGCAAACACCCGGAGAGAGGAGAGUCACCCAAGAGCUGGAUCUCAGUCAGAGUGUCUCACUCAGAAUCUCAGAUCUCUGUCCUCCACACACUCAGUUCUGUACUGGCAGUUUGCCCAUAUCUGCUAGUGACAGUCGUGCUGAUCUUCAGAUGCUACAGGAUAAGAGUUACAUCUGUUGAAGAGGACGAGACUUCUGUUUGACAUGCUGUUGGGAUGGUGAGAAAUGUCAGCUUCAUCCUGAAUUUCUCUUUAUUUCUCAUUUCCUAUUCUCAAGCUUUUACUUGCCUACUGGCAGUUUACUUACUGUGAUGACCAAGUUUUGAGAGUGAUAACUGCAUUUAAAUGCAAGAAUGAAUCCCAGUAGUUAUUGUACUCACUGUGUAAGGAAUACAGAAGUCACUCCGAUUCACAAUGGCUAAACUUUUGCUGUUGAGCACAACAAUGUAGUUUGUAUAAGCCUGUAUAUUCCUUAUUUUAGCACAAAAUGCCUUGUAGGUCUUUGAGAUUUACCUGUCCAUGUUUCUUUGUUUUAUAUAAAGUGUUUUGUUGUU